GAUAGCAGCAUCAAUGGCAGCACCAGUGACGAACCGCGUAACGAGAGCAAGUCUGUCCUACUGAAGCACGGGGAUGCUACCCACGGCAAAUUCCUCGGCAAACAGGCCGGCUGCGUGCGUAAAAUGAGCACGAUGCUUGAAGAAGAGGACGACGUGUCCGACGAUGCGGAUCCAGACGUGAUCAGAAUCCGCUGUCAACAUCAAAAACAUUCUGAGAUCGAAACCGAGUGGUCCUCAGAAGAGGAGAAAGAUCAUUUGCUGAACACCGCCAAACAUGAGAUCCUUGUUGUGCCGAGUACUAGUGGUAACAAUGUCAAAAGAGUGGCCAGCCACGACGACAGUCCCGAAAGUAUUCCUCGAGAUAAAGGCCAUCGGCGGCGGCCGCAGCCACGGCUGGUGCUUGAUCAAGCUGACUCCGGGUCGAGUUCGGAUCGCGACAACGGAUUGCAUAGUCCUGGCAGAUCGAGCGCCAGAAGCAUCGAUCCACGGCAAUAUCAUUAUUGUGCCAAUGUGCAUUCGCCGAGAAUCUUCAGCAUGGAUGAGAACCAUCAGCACUGUCCCUGCUGCCAUCAAUUAUCACCUACCUGGACCUCUCUGUAUACGGAGAACAACGGAAGUCAGGCUCGCUCAUUCCCCGACACGAUCUCGAUCAGAUCUCUGGCGUCGAUCGGCCUGGGCUCUUCUGACGGCCGGAAGCUCACGAUACGUAGAGUUCCCACUUCGCCGUCGGAGCUGCUUAACGUGGUACAUCCGCCACCUUUCGAGGAUGACGUUUCUACGUGGACCAGCUAUGACGAUCUGGACGCGGAUCCCGGCGAUUAUCGGCAACCCAGGAGGCUUCAUUGGGCGAAUAAAAUGGAAUUCGUUCUCGCUUGUAUAGGCUAUUCCGUCGGUCUCGGUAACGUCUGGAGAUUUCCUUACUUGUGCUACAAAAGUGGCGGCGGUGUGUUCCUCGUGCCUUACUUUUUAAUACUCGUAGUAUGUGGAGUACCAUUGCUGUACAUGGAACUCAGCAUCGGACAAUUCACUCGUCGCGGCCCAAUCGGAGCCCUGGGUCAAGUAUGUCCAUUGUUGAAAGGAGCAGGUUUAUCGUCAGUUGUAAUAUCAUUUUUAAUGUCUACCUACCAUAAUGUGAUAAUAGCCUACGCAAUCUACUAUUUCUUCUCGGCAUUCCGAUCGGAACAACCAUGGUCACGUUGUGACAACUCAUGGAAUUCGCCGCGCUGUUGGCUGCCUAGUUAUGGGUCCAUCGAUAAUCGAACUCGGCCGAAUCUGACGAGAACACCAUCUGAGGACUUCUUCGACAACAAGGUCCUGCAAAUUAGUAGUGGCAUCGAAGAGCCGGGGAUUUUGAGAUGGGAGCUCGUGGCGUGCUUGAUAACUGCAUGGAUCAUGGUAUAUUUUUCCAUCUGGAAGUCCAUUAAGUCAUCAGCACAAGUGAGAUACCUGACAGCAACGCUGCCUUUUCUCUUAAUCGUGGUCUUCCUCACGCGAUCCCUCACUCUGGAGGGAGCCGCAAAAGGUCUGCAAUUCUUUUUCCAUCCACGCUGGGAAUUGCUUGGCGAUGCAAAGGUCUGGAUUAACGCCGCGGCGCAAGUCUUCAAUUCUGUAGGAAUCGCUUUUGGCUCAAUGAUAUGUUUUGCGAGUUACAACCGAUUCCACAACACAAUUCUGGUAGAUACCAUUGCCGUUUCACUCAUAAACGCCUUCAGUAGUUUACUAGUUGGAAUAUUCUCGUUCGCCACAAUCGGCAAUAUAGCGCUGGAGCAAAACAUGUCUGUCGAUGCUGUCCUAACCGAUGGACCUGGUCUAGUCUUCGUCAUCUAUCCGCAAGCGCUAGCCAAGAUGCCAGCUUCUCAACUCUGGGCUGUGCUAUUUUUCUUUAUGCUGGUUUGCCUUUCGUUAAACAGUCAAUUUGCCGUUGUUGAAGUGGUAGUUACGUCAAUCCAAGACGGUUUCCCGAAUUGGGUGAAGCGUCAUCUUCUCUGCCACGAAGUGCUGGUCCUCCUCAUAUGCGUCAUUUCGUUCUUAUUUGGAUUGCCAAAUAUUACGCAGGGCGGUAUUUAUUUUUUUCAACUAAUAGAUCAUUACGCCGCAUCGAUGUCUAUCAUGUUCUUGGCGUUCUUCGAAGUAAUUGCCAUCUCGUGGCUUUACGGCGUACGGCGACUGUGCAAUAACGUCAAGGAGAUGACUGGACGUUUACCUUCGAAAUACUUCCGAUUCUGUUGGUUCCUUGCUGCGCCUCUUCUUAUAAUGGCUGUAUGGGUGUUCAGUUUAAUUGAUUAUGAGCCGCCGACCUACCAUAACGGUGAUUACACAUAUCCAUGGUGGGCAGAAGCGAUCGGAUGGGGCAUCGCAUCUCUCUCUUUAAUUUGCAUACCCGCUUUUGCCGUUUAUGUAUUCGUCAGAGCGGAUGGUGCGACGUUUGCUGAAAGAUUCAAAAAUUCCAUCAAACCACACUUCGAGGCGUGUAAAGUUUGCGGACAGGAAUACUGCAUGGAGCCUAUGCACAAUCUGCCAGAACCGCCAGAGGAUAUGCUCAAGGAGCCACAAACGGACGUGAAUACAUCCAUACAACUGAAUUCCUACAAUCAAAUGAAGCUUCAAACGUGAUAAUAUCGACUCGCAGGAACGACUCGCUUUUCACGGUUGCGCUUAAUCUAUAGGAUGCCAAAACAUUUUGAGAAACAAUUAACAAGAAAUGUCAUUCGCUCGUGUAUUUUUAUCGUCGGUUAUUGCGAUAACUAUCGUGGCAGUCAACAUUCCAUAUUUAUAAUCUCGUUAUAAGGAUGAUAAUCACUUGCGAAAGAGUCAUUAGGAUAAGAAUAUAUCUGUUAUAUACUUCUCAUAAAAUGUUAUUACUUCUUGUAAACUGUUACUCUUUACGCCAUUGUCAUGUGAUAAACUAUAUAGACAAGCACUGAUUUGACAUAAGAGUAUAUUUCUGUAUAUAUCACAGUCAAUACGCAAUCUAAUGUGUACAACAUCGUUAACCAUAAUUUUAAUAAAUUAUUAUAUAUUG